GUUGGCUAGUUUAAAAUGCAGAAUUCAGAUCGAUUAGCGGAAUGGCUUUAUCGUUUUCAAAAAUUCGAACGUUUUGCGUAGUUUUGGAUUCUGGCACCCUGUCCCGUAUUUUUCAAGCAAAAUCUACAGAACGUUCCAUCGGCAUUGAGGACGUUGAGGACCCUUAAACGCCUUAAACAGCUUGAACCAACGUGGCUUGAACGGCAUCAUGUCGGAAGAUUUUAAUGUCAGGUUGUGCACGCUCGUCGGGAAACACCCGGCCAUCUACGACAUGUUCGACGUAAAUUUUCGAGAGGAAAGCGUGAAAAAAGAAGCCUGGAUGGCUAUUUCAAGAGAAUUAGGAGUGCCAGACUCGAAAUGCAUCAUCAAGUGGAAGGGUAUAAAGCACCGAUACGUGAGCUGCAGGAGGGAUGAAGACACCUCGUGGGAGCUCUUGCCAUAUCUGGGAUUUCUCGACGAGGUGGGGAUCAAAAGCAAAGUUCAAAAGCGAAAGCGAGAAAGCAUUCUGCCUGCAUCGGGAAGAGCUGAAGGUUCGGCCACAACAACCAGUGAUCAAGAAUGCAGGCCCAUGGUUCCCAUAAUUGAGAGGUUUGUUGCAACCACAAGCAUUCCGAGCCAAAGAAAAAGUACCAGGUUUGUCGGAGAAACGAAAGGCGCCUACAAGCCAGAGGACCUGCCUAUUGUCGAGCCAGACGAUACCGAACUUGUUCUUGUUCGUGUGAAGAAGAGCCCUCAAGGGAGUCUGAGGCCUCAAGACAUUGAAAAAGCAAGCAGGCCGCAGCCAGACUUUGAGACUGUCUCUGAACCAGAGAGCGCGAAACCGGCUUCAAGCCCGGUAAAACGGACGCCACGAGGAAGGAAGAGCUUGAGGUCUAAGGGAACUGAAAGGGAGCUACCGUCAGAUCUUGAGCCUGUUUCCGAGCCUGAGAGUGCAAAACCUGCUUCGAGCCCAGUAAAAAGGACACCACGGGGAAGGAAGAGCACAAGGUUUGCUCGAGAAACCAGCGAGCCGGUCGGCGAGCCGGAAAGCACGACGUCGGUUUUGACACCGGUAAAGGCUGUACGGCAGACAGAGGUCUUCAGGUUUCAGGCACAAGCAAAGGCAACGAGCAAGCCACCGGAGACACCUGCUGCCGAGCUUGAAGACACUGAGCUCGUUCUAGUUCGUGUAAAGAAGACCGAACAAGGCAACGUGAGGUUUGUGGGAGAAAUUGAACUGGCAGACAAGCCAGUCCAGAAUCCCAACCCCGUAUGGGAGCCAGAAAUUGCGAAGCCCAUUUCAACUCCGGCGAAGAAUACCCCACGUGGCAAAAGGAUUCUGAGCCGUACGGUCGGGGCCAAGGAAGCCGCACCACCUCAGUCAAUGGAGGUGGACGAUCUUCCAGUCAGCGAGCCAAGUGCUAAGAAACUCAGGAUCGAAGCCAACGGCGGUACGGAGAAGAGCAAGGACGUCUUUAGCCUGACCGAACGUGACGAGAGAUUCAUCGAGUGCCUUAGGGGCAAGCUGGCACAAGUCGCCCUCGAGAAUAGGGGCCCCAUUGAGGCAACGCUGCUGGAGGUCAUGGAUCGUGCACUCAAGUAGAUUUUAGCCAUCAGAAUCACAUUGCUCUCGCAUACCAAUUACAUAGGCUGGGUGCAGUCUGUAGAGUCACUGACCGUUUUUUUAAUAUUUUAUUUUAUUAUUAUUAGUUUUAUUACUUCUAUUUUAUGGGUGCUUUUGUGUAUUUGUAAUUUCUAGAUAAAAUAUCUGACUGUAUUAAAUGCAGCUUUUUAGCUGUGUAUAGUAUUGCUUCGUGAAAAGUACUGGUAGCAAUCUCCAUUGCACGAUUGGUGCAUGAGAUUUUGGGAUGAUUAUUUUAUUUUUGAUGGUUAUUUUAUCGGACGCCUUUCCCUUUGUGUGGCUCUAAAAUAGAAGUCUCAUUUGUACAUUAUAAAUCCCUACAAGCCUAAUUUCUUUUACCACAUUUCAUUGUCCCAAGGUAUUUCACUGAAUUUUGUGAAUGUUUGAACUUUUUUGCCUCAAAUGUUUUAUUUGAGCGACUUUCAUUGUCUUUGAAGUGUAUUGCGGUUGACUUUUCUUCACCGACUGUGCUACAAUUAUGAUGUGCAUUUUAAGUCAGCUUUUAGCUCUGCCUCGUCAGGUUUUGCAUGAUCACCAUUGCAGAAUUAGGUUACCAUUAUGUGAUACAAAGCAAUUUUCAGAAUUUUGUCUAAAUCAUCAUCAUCAUCAUCAUCUUUAUUUUGGCCCAGGAGGGUUGAGGUGUGCCAGAAAGGCUGGGGGCCCUUCUGGUGCUUCUGGUGAUCCAUGCAUCGAAUGACCUACCUGGCGGUGGAGUAGGCAUUUCAGACUGUGGACAGUUCAGGACUGCGUGCGAAAAUUCUGUCCAUCUGAAUUCUUACUAUUCUGUGUUUAGUUACCUUGCAGGGAGUCUGCUUUCUUUUCAAAGCAGAAUUUAAUAAAA